AUGCCUUCUGUGAGGAGUGUGCAGGGGGGAGCAUCGAGUGGCGACGAAGCGGGUGUGCCUCCUGCCGCAUCUGCCUCUGCGAGUGUGCCUCCUGCCGCAUCUGCCUCUGCGAGUGUGCCUCCUGCCGCAUCUGCCUCUGCGAGUGUGCCUCCGUCCGGGUUUGCCGCUGAGAGUGUGCCUCCGUCCGCGACCCUGGUUGCGGAGGAAAGCACGCUAAGCCACGAGGAGGCGGAGUGGGAUUGGAUACACCUAUUCAAGAUGACUGAGCAGUGGCUUCGCCACGGGAGCGAGGGCGAACGAGGGGCAGCAGCGCGACGACAAAGCGGCGGCAGGAGAGCAGCGACUCACGCAGCAUCAGAGCAGCGGCAUCAGCUGCUGUCGCGGGCAGACAUGGUACAUUACAUGGACGUGAGGGGCGCGUGGGAUUGGCAGGAGUGCGAGUGCUGCUUCGACCGCGCAGUGAGCUACCGAGCAGAGCGCGCGCUGGGCAUAGUCCGCCUGGCAGAAUUCCGUUCCGACCUUCGCGACCAGCUUCCCAGCUCCAUCCCCCUUGCGCCCCAGGACCAACCAUCCAGCGCCAUCGUUGAGUACUCAGCACGAGCACCCAUGAAGGCUUUGGAGCCUCUCGAGAGUUGGCCGCCCCAGCGGCUGUUCGGCUUUAAGUGUGCUGUGGCGCCGAUUCGCUGUGCCGAGGCGAUGAUUCUCGAGUGGAUGGCGGAGCCUCGUGUGGGCGUGCUCGUGGACCUGGGGAGGAUCAGAUCCCGCCUGCCUGCCAUACUGACCGCUUAUUCGGAAAUCGUGGCGGAGAUGGGGGCGGGCAGGCAGGCUAAGAACGACUGCUUUGCGUCCGUGCUGGUGCAGGUGCUGGGGGUGAAGGAGAGUGGUGACCUGCAGGAAGGGUUUGGGUGCUUCGUGCAGCACCUUCUGUUAGGCGGGCUGGAGGAGGCGCAUUCCAAGGGGAGGGGGGGAACGGAGGGGAAGGGUCCUGAGAAUGCGCAGUGGGAUGAGAAAAGGGGGACCGGGGGGAAGGCUGCUGAGGAGGCGCAGGGGGAGGAGGGACGGGUGGAGGGCGAGGUGAUGGAUAGAGGUGGGGCCAUGGAAAAGGAGGAGGAGCUGUUGGGUGCUCUGGCAAGGUUGGUUAUUACACAGGGUGAUUCUGGUGGGGGGAGUGGCGGAGGGGAACCGAAGCAUAGCAGCGAGGCGAGCAGAGGGGAAGAGAGGCGCAGCAGCGAGGCGGCUAAUGGGGCUGCUGGGGCGCGUGGCAGAGGGGGGAAGAAUGGGCAGUGGAGGGAGAAUCUAAAGGGGCGUGUGUGGGAGAGGUAUGUGGAUGGCAUGGCAUGGAUUCUGGCGCAUGGAAGGGGGGAAGUGAGGGAGUUUCGAUGCAGCCACUGCAGUGAGGGGGGCAGCAAUAAUGGCGGUGACGUGCAGGGGAAUGGUAUUCCCAAGGGCAUGUAUGUGAGUGGGGUGGGCGCCACGGAUUUCGCCCUUGCGUUUGCCGCAGAGCUGUCUAAAUCAGAGAGCUGCGCUGAGGCGUGUAUGUACAUAUUCGAUGGGAACAAUGCCAACAAGGCGCGGGUGGAAGAGGCUGCAAUCGAGGCAGCUAGAAGCAGGCUGAGAAGAGGGGUUGGUGGAACGGGCGGAAUAUGGGGUUUAAGGGGAACAGGAGGAGAGGGGACAGCAGCAGACACGAGUGGGGCAGCAGCAAGCUCAAGUGGGGCAGCAGCUAAGACCAGUGGCAGUGGGGCAUCAGCUAACUCCAAUGGCAGUGGGGCGACAGCUAACACCAGUGGGGGAGCAGCAGACACGAGCAGGACAGCAGAAGCAUCGGCAGUGGGGGAUGCAUCUGCUGCCCGUGCUUCUGCUUCAGCUGAAACCUGGCCUUCUGCUACAAGACAAUAUGGCACUUGCGCCAGCUACACUGCUGGCCUCGUGCUUGUAAACGCAAGUUCUUUCCUCGCAGCCUUCACAUACCGAGUUGCCCGCAUCUUACAGUGGGUCCGAUUCUACGGCUCAGAUGUUGUCUUUGUGAGAAGAUGCUUCAGGUGUAAGCCACAGAACAGGGUCCUGCAAAUGCCCCAUCCGUUUCGAGGCCUCCCGAGCCUGCUGCUCGGGCUCGGCGCCAUCCCCAAGCCUCUGGAUGACGCUAAUUUCCCUAUAGAGUGGAAGGAAUGGCCACAGGGCGAUGAAGCUGCUGGGAAGCUUCCUGAUGAUCGUGAAGCGAGAUUCUUUCAGCUGGGUAUUGUGGAGGAGAGUGCGACGGGGGUGGGGAGUAAGCAGGGGUGCGACAGCGACAGGCUUCCCAUCGUCCGCUGCGUGGCGGAUGCAGAGUUUCUAGUGGAAGCCGUGAGCCUGGUGGUGAGUCCACCGGCAUGCGCCUACUGCAUCCACUGCUACCGCGGCUACACGUGCACCAUCCCAUCCAUCGCCCUCAUUGCCAAGUUCGCCUACCGCCCUCUGCACGUCCUCUUCAACCGCUUUCUAUCCGUCUUCCCGCCGCACUCCGCUGGGUUUGACACUCUUGUGGAGGUCAUGGGGUUGUGGCCGGCGCCGCUUCCAUCCUGCGCGCCUGGGUCUGUCGGUCUGGCGAGGAUGCGUGGUGAGAUAGAGGGGCAGGGGGUUGCGUUCCUGCUGCUCGUGGCCCUCAUGUGGCCGGCUUCCCUUCUGGAUGUGGAGCAGUUUGAGGGAGUACGGCUGCUGGAAGGGGACGGGAUUCGAGUGCAGAAGGGGAUGAAGAGGGGGAGGAAGAAAGGGAAAGCGAGGGGAGGGGUGGGAAAAGGAUGGGAGGUGGAAGAGGCGGAGGAGGAGGAGGAGGAGGAUGAUGGAGAGGUGUGGGAGGAGUUGCAGUCGUGGUGCUUCGCGGCGAUGGUUGCUUGGCCGUCCAGCAUGCGUGUCACAUUGAGCGAUCCCGGAAUCGAAUCGGCAAGUACAGGUCUGAGUGAUGUGUGUACGGCCAGCGAGGGGCGGCAGAAGAAGGCAGACGUGAAGACAAGGGUUGCUAAGAUGUGCGGUGCUGCGGGGUGUGGGAGGGAGGAGGGUGGCGGUGUGAAGCUGAGGAGCUGCGGUGGGUGUGGCAAGGUGGCGUAUUGCAGCAGAGAGUGCCAAAAGGCGCACUGGCCCUCUCACAAGCUCUCAUGCCCCGGCAGGACCAGUGGCAAGAAGAGAAGAGAAGAUGGGAGGAGGGAUGGUGGCAGGAACAGUAGCAGCGAUGGUGGCAGCAACAAUGGUAAGGUGAGUGGUAAGGUGAGUGGUAAGGUGAGUGGUAAGGUGAGUGGUAAGGUGAGUGGUAAGGUGAGUGGUAAGGUGAGUGGUAAGGUGGGUGUAGGGGUGAGUGGUAAGGUGAGUGGUAAGGUGAGUGGUAAGGUGAGUGGUAAGGUGAGUAGUAAGGUGAGUGGUAAGGCGAGUGGUAAGGCGAGUGGUAAGGCGAGUGGUAAGGCGAGUGGUAAGGCGAGUGGUAAGGUGAGUGGUAAGGUGAUGAACCUUGCCAAUCUCCUUGGAAGUGUAAGGGUGUAG